AUGUCGAUAGAGGAUAUUGCGCUGCCAGCGAGCGCGCUUCGCGGCUCGGAAGAGCAGGCGAACGCGAUGCGGCGACAGCUGGAGCGACAGGCUAACGCGUAUCGGCUCAGUUCGGCGAGUAACAGUUUGUCCUCGAUAGAAGGCGCAGGCCGGCCUGAUAACGGGGCGGCAGGGAGUUCAGCAGAGGUGGUUAGCAGCGCACCCCCGGGUUCACUGGCGACCGUUGAUUCUAACGACGCAAGUACACCAUCAACGGCGGAGAGGGGCGGAGCGGCGGAACAAGCGGAACCAUCGGCGGAGCCGGCGCAGCCAUUGGCGGAACCGGCGCAGCCAUCAGCGGAAUCGGCGGAGCAGUCCGCGGACGGCCGAGUGCCCUCCUGCGCCAAGGAAAGCGGGGGAAGAGAGGGUAACGAAGGUUCUUGUAACGAAUCUACGCCGUCAGGCUCCGCGGAAUUGGCCCCCCCGGAGUUGGGCUCUGCGCCGUCGGACUCAGCGGAGCUUGCUUCCGCCGCUUCCGCGGACACCGCGGAGGGCGACCCCAGCGCCCCCAGCGCCUCUAGCGCGGAGGCCGUUGCUAGCGCCGAGGAAGGACAUAAAGCGGAAAACGUUCCUUCUAACGAGGAUGCUUCUAGCGCGGAUGACGUGUCAUCCGUGAGUAGCGACCAGCCCGAGCCGCCGGAGGAGUUCAUUUGCCCGCUGUCCCUCGAUAUAAUGUUCGACCCCGUUAUAGUGGAAUCGGGACAGACGUACGAGCGUGCUUUUAUCGAGCGCUGGGUCGCGGACGGCCACAAGACGUGCCCUAAAACGCGCCAGCCGCUCCCGUCGGGCGCGAUUAUACCGAAUCAGAUCCUCCGCGCGCUGAUCAGCGAUUGGUGCAAGCGAAACCGCGUCGCGCCGCCGAAUCCGAUUUCCGCGGAUGAUGUUGCGCUCGCGUUCUCCGCUGGCGGCGCGAAGGGCGCGGAAGCGGGCGCGGGGGGGCUGGCGGCGCAGCGCAGGCGGGAGUAUGCGGCGGCGGCGGUGCGCGCGGCGGCGGUGGCGGUGGAGUCGGAACGCAGGCAGCGCGCGCUGAUGGAACAGGUGAUGGCGGACCGCGCGGCGGCGGCGGCGAGGGCGGAUGGGCGGGCGGGGGACCGCGCGGGGGCGGACGAGCUCGCAACGCGUCAGGCGCGCAUUCAGCAAAUGCGCGCGGCGGCCGCGGGGCAGGGGCAGGGGCGCGGAGUGGGGAACGCGGGCGCGGACGCCCGCGGAACUGCACCAGGGGCGGCUGCGGGGACGGGAAGGGGAGGCGGAGAGGAGAGGGGGGGGCAAGCAGGCGCGGGGGGAGACAUGAGGGGAAUGGCGGAGAGAACUGCUAGGGUUUCCGCUGGUGCUUCUGCUGGUGCCCCUGCUCCUGCCGAGCCUCCCUCCAGAACUGCCGCAGCUCGCGUGGCGGCUCGGACGGCGGCUCGCGACGAAGCUGAGGAUAGGUACGGGAACGGGAUCCCGGACCACCUGCUAGCAGGCUUGGGAGGAGGCUCGGGAGGAGCCCCCUCCUACGCCUCCUCCUCCCACGCCCCCGCCUCCUCCUCCUCCCUUACCCCCUCCGAACCCCCAGAGGAAUUCCAAAUGCUAGAUGUGGACAAUCUAGUCAACCACAUGCGCACCGGGCCGCCCGAGGAAAAAGCCGCGGCCGCCGCCCUGCUCCGGGUCAUGACCCGGCACGGGUUCGCGUGCGGGCGGCGGGUUUUGGAAGCGGGCGGCGUGGCUCCCCUCGUCGACCUCCUCUGGUCCGACGACGAGCCCACCGCCGAGCACGCGACCACCUCUCUCUUCAACCUUGCUCUAGAAGCCUCGGCUAGGAUGCGUAUCGUGGUAACCACCGGGAGUAGAGUGGUAGAGGGGCUAGUUCACGUGCUUUCCGCCGGUGCUCCCGCCGCGAGAGCCAACGCAGCAGCGGCUCUCUUUCUCCUGUCCCGCGACACCGGCGCCAACAGCAGCAUCAACAGCGGGGCGCGAGCAGCAGCUGAGGCGAACUCGUUCCGGGAAGCAGUGGUAACCGCAGGCGCGUUACAGCCGUUACUAGACCUGCUCCUGGACGGCCCCACCCGGGCCAAAAAAGACGCCGCGAACCUCCUGGUUUCCCUCUGCAUGGCCCGGCCGAACCGGUCGAGCGUGGCUAAAGCCGGUGCAGUGCGGUGCUUGUGCCAGUUGCUGAGCGAAGGGGUGGAGGUGGUAGAGGAGCAAGCAGCAGCGGUGUUUGCGGCUCUUGUGAGGGAUCCCGAGGGGAGAGAGGUGUUGGUGGAAGAAGGGGCGGUGCCGGCUUUGGCUGAGUUGGUGGAGGGGGGUACGCAGGGACGGGCGAGGGAAUAUGCGGUGGGGACGCUGCUGGGACUGGGCGCAAGCAGCAAGGAGUGGCUGGUGGCAAUUGAUGAGGAGGGGAUUUCGGCAUCAGUGGACGUUCUCACACGUGUGGGAACCGGCAAAACCCAAGCCAAGGGCCGGGCGAGGGAGUAUGCGGUGGGGACGCUGCUGGGGCUGGGGGCGAGCAGCAGGGAGUGGCUUGUUGUAAUCGAUGAGGAGGGGAUAUCUGCCUCAGUGGACGUUCUGAUACGCACUGAGAGGGUGAGGGAUCCGGAGGGGAGAGAGGUGUUGGUGGAGGAAGGGGCGGUGCCGGCUUUGGCUGAGUUGGUGGACGGGGGUACGCAGGGCAGGGCGAGGGAGUAUGCGGUGGGCACGCUGCUGGGACUGGGCGCAAGCAGCAAGGAGUGGCUGGUUGCAAUUGAUGAGGAGGGGAUAUCUGCUUCGGUCGAUGUGCUGACACGAGUUGGCACAGGGAAAACGCAAGCCAAGGUGAGUCGUGUCAAGGCGAGGGAAUGGGAGACGCAGGUAGCAAGGCUUGCAUCGCAUGGAGCGAGGGAGUAUGCGGUGGGCACGCUGCUGGGGCUGGGAGCGAGCAACAGAGAGUGGCUUGUCGCUAUCGAUGAGGAGGGGAAUUCGGCCUCUGUGGAUGUGCUGACACGCGUGCGAACCGACAAAACGCAAGCCAAGACCCUGUCCCUCCUGCUCGCUCCAUCCCCACCCCCCUCCCACGUGAACCCCCCUCGCUCCCCCCACGUGACCCACCAUCCCCGCCUUCCCGCUGCUGCUCCUUCCCCUUCCUGUGUCUCCCCUUCAGGCGGCAGCUCUGCUUGGGCUUCUGCGACCGUGCCAGGCACAGGGGGGUUAGAGAGGGAGAGCCGCAGCACUGCUGGAGCUACUGCGGUCAUGCCAGGCCCAGGAGGGUUAGAGGGAAGCGGGGGGGUGGCAAGUGGGGGUGGUGGUGCUGGCUUGAUAGAUAUGGGAUGGUGGUCAGAGGGAGGGGCGAUAGCAAGUGCUGGAGCUACUCAGGUCGUGCCAGGCACAGGAGGGUUAGUGGGGGGCUGA